CCCGCGAGGCCACGUGUUGCCGCCCGCGCCCGGCUCCCGUCUGGCCCCCCUUUUGGGAGGCAGCGGCGUGCGACAUGCCCGCGCCGCCAGCGGCGCGGGGCGGAGGGCGGGGACGUGGCCCAGGACGGGGCGGGCCCCCGGCGCUGUCGAACAAGCAGAAGGCCGCUCCCAUCGAAGAAGACGCGGCCCUCGCACGAGUACGAGCGCAGCCUGGCCCAGCGAGCCUAUGGGGACGACAGCGCCAAGGAGGCCCGGGAGGCAGAGCGCCAGCGCGAGGCGGAGGAGCGGCAGAGGGCGAGGGAGGCGGGCCUGAAAGCGGACCUGGGCUCCUCUCGGCGUACUGGGAGAAGGUGGCGGAGGUCGGCAGCCUCGCGGGGAGCCGCGGCGGGGGCGGCAAGGGGCAGGCGGCGCAGCAGCAGCAGCAGGCCAGCUGGGGAAGCAGCAGCGGAUGCUGGGCGGCCAGAGCUCGUGGUCCACCGGCAGCGCCGCCGCCUGGGACCAGUGGAGCCAGUGGGAGCCGGCGGGCGCGGGCCAGCAGGGCGGCGCGGAGCCCUGGAGGGGGGCGGCCGUCGCACGGCCAGCAGCGACUGGAAGGGGACGGCCGCCGUUGGCUGGGGCGAGCAGGGGCAGCCGGACAGCGGCGGCGCGGCUGGGAGCCGUUGGCCGGCGGGUGGGGACACCGGCGGCGCCCGAGACUUCGGCCAGGAGGAGAGAAGGCCCGCCGCGCCGCGGCCCGGCAGGCGGAGGCGGAGGAGCGGCGCAGGGCCAGGGGCGUGGACGGCGAGUCUGGCUGGGCCUACCAGCAAGCGGCGCCAGUCGCGGUGCCCUGGGAGUCGGGCAGCGAUGAUUGCCGCGCGUUUUCUGGGCCUUUUGCCGAGCGGUCGGACGGCGAGAACACCGUCUCGCCGACGUUCUUCGCCGAGCAAACGCAGGGCGACGAGCGGGCGCCAGACGGCGCGCAGACCGACAACUUCGAGGAGGUGUGGACCGAGGGCGGCGUCGAGCAGCGCGAGGAGACGCGACCCAUCACGCUGGAUGGGGACACCCGCAAGCCCGAGGACAAGGGCCUCGACGACAAGAUGCUCGAGGACAAGAAGGUCAGGCAGAGGACCACCCUGGCGCGGCUGCGCUACGAGCUGGCCUUCGAGCAGGACAAGCAGCUCCACCUGCAGAAGGUCGGCCGCAAGAGCUACAACGCCGAGGACAAGGUCAAGUUGACUUGGACCACGGCCGACAGCGGCAACCGCAUCACGGAUGCGGGUCUGAAGAGGCUGCUCGGCGUGGUGCGGUACAGCAAGGUGCGCUGCUCGCGCCUGGCGGUGUGCGACAACGCGCUGUCCGACCCGCACGCCUUGGUGGAGCUGCUCCUGGACCAAACCUGCGGGCUGGUCCAGGGGGCCGACCUCGAGCUCUCGCUCACGGCGUCGGGGCUCUCCAACGAGGUGUUCUGGCGCAUGUGCGAGGCCUGCUGCAAGGGUCGGCCGCGGCCGCCGCUGAGGCUCCGCCUCGGCGGCGGCACGUGGGAGGACUUCGCCCCUGUCGUCCCUGAAGAAGGAAAGACGUAG